AUCUCUCAAAAUGCAAGAAAAAAUGUGUUUCUCCUAAUCCCACGUAACCACGUAGCCUUUUGUGCUGAAUCGUCAUAUUCGAGCUGGCAAGUGCGUUUGCACGAUCUAAUGGAGGAGAGGCAGGGGAAUGUGAACACUGGCUCUGCAAUUCAAUGAAGAAGAGCGCCGUUGUGGAUAAAUCUUCCUGUUGACCAUUCCAGAGAUCUAGUCCAAUUUUAGAUGAAUUGACCCGUGCUUUUAUGGAAUGUUCAAUUCCGAGGAGAAGAAGACCAUCCUCACCCUUUACAGAGCUCCUCCGCCCUCUCAUACCAAAUGCAAUUACAAACUCAAUCUGGAAAACCAUGGCGAAAUUUUCAUUACUGGUAUUGCUCUGCAUCUUCUCAGCUUCCCAUGCCCAAUCGGACGCAGACGGAGAUGGGUUCCUGAGCACCAAUACGAGCUGGUCGAUUUCUGACCCUGUGACACUGGUUGGAUCCUUGACCCUCAACAACGAAAACAAUGCAGAUGCAUAUCUCCUGACCCACAUCGUUUCUCAGAGGUUUCCAGGGCGAAUAAAUUCAUGGGCGUUUUUAAGUUUUAUGGAAUUCAGGACUGAUGAAUACUAUUUGUGCAUAGUGCAAUCGGGAUCGAUUGUUCAGGCCAUGGGACAGAUCGUCUGGACCGCCAAUUAUGACAAUCCCGUAACGCAGAAUGCUGCUCUUGAGCUUCAAAUGGAUGGGAAUUUGGUCCUUUCUGAUUCGACCAAUGGUUCGAGAAGAAAAACUGUUUGGUCGACAGGAACUGGUGGGAUGGGCGUGGAGGGGCUAAAAGUCCUUGGUGGGGGCGUUCUGCAGCUUCUUGGGAAGAAGAACAAUACUGUUUGGCAGAGCAUGGAUUUCCCCACUGAUACACUUCUGUUUGGGCAGGUUCUGCAGGUGGGAGAUGUGCUUUACAGUAGAUCAUCUGAUUAUAAUCUCUCUCGGGGAUCAUAUGUUCUGGUUGUGAAGCCAGGUGGGCUGGGACUUUAUGUCCGUGGUGUCAAUCAGUCCUUGGAGCUUUACUGGAUGUGGAAAGUGUUUAACAACAAUGGGUCCACGUUGGAUGAUCCUGGGCACCGGUGCUCUAAUCUUUCUUUCAUGGUGUCUAUCAACUGGCCCAAUUCAGAGCACCUCCCCUGUUUGGUGUUUCAGAACAACUCCCCUGUUUGCAAUGGCUCAUUGUUUAGCCCACAUUAUUAUCUUCCACAAGUGCAUGCCCAAUCCAGUAUGUCGGUUUCAGAUUUUGGAUUUAUAAGGUUGGAUUAUGAUGGGAAUCUGAGAGCUUAUGCUUCUGGUCGUAAGGAGAGCCUGUAUCAGGCCAUGAGCAAGUGCCAAUUGCCAGGGUCUUGUGGGAGUUAUGGAGUCUGUAGUGAAGGAGAGGCCUGUGAAUGUCCAAAUAAUGGGACCCAUCAGAUAAGGGACAAGAAUGGGGAUUGUGGGUUGUCUGGUAUUCCUAGUUGUGGGAAUCGAAAUGAGUCAUGGCAGAUGUUUUCUCUUGCAGGGGUGGAGUAUCACCGUAACCAGUAUGCUAUUCCAAUGAAGAUGCCAAGCAAGGAAAAUUGUUCAGAUUACUGCUCUAGAAACUGUUCCUGCAGGGCUUCCUUCUAUAUUUCACCCACAAAUUCCUGCUUUGUUGUUUUGUCUCAGGUAGGAACUCUUUCACAGAUCUCAAAUGAGAAUUCCUUCGCAUUCAUAAAACUGCAGAGCAUGGAUUUAGUUGUGGUUUCCAAGCAUUCAGACAGGCUAAGCAGAAAAACAGUCAUUUGGAUUGCUGUUGUCGUUUCUGCAGCUGUAUUCUGUGUUUUAUGGUUUUGUCCCUGGAAAUUGUUCAGAGAUUCAAAACCAGAACAAAUCAGCUCCACAACAGAGCACCCAAAUCACAGAGUUAUGACCAGUAUUCCAAAUUUAACAGCAAAGAAAUUCUCUUUCAAGGAAAUCCAGUCCAUUACUAGGAAUUUUCGCACAGUGCUCGGGUUUGGUGGAUUUGGAACGGUGUAUGAUGGUGUUCUGGGGGACAGCACACAGGUAGCAGUGAAGAAACUGGAGAUUGCAAGACAGGGGGAAAAGGAAUUCUACUCUGAGGUUGCAAUACUAGGGAUAAUCCAUCACUGGAAUCUGGUCCAGCUUCUGGGAUUCUGCUCACAGGACAACCACAAGAUUCUGGUCUAUGAACAUAUGGCUAAUGGGUCUCUGGACCAGUGGCUCUUUAACAACAUCAAGAUCAAAUCUUUAACAUGGCCCAUUAGAUUCAACAUUGCAUUGGGCACAGCCAGGGGAUUAGCAUAUCUUCAUGAGCAAUGCAGGUAUAAGAUCAUACAUUUGGAUGUGAAGCCUCAGAACAUUCUUCUGGAUGAGAAUUUUGUGGCAAAAGUUUCUGAUUUCGGGAUGGCCACACUCAUGGGCAGAAAAGACAGCCGUGUGGUGACAAGCAUGAGAGGCACGCCAGGAUACCUUGCCCCAGAAUGGCUGUUGCAGUCCGCCAUUACUGAGAAGAGUGAUGUCUACAGCUUCGGGAUGGUGGUUCUGGAAAUCAUAGGUGGGCGCAAGAACUACAGCAUGAAUGUCACCGAAUCUGAUAAGCACUACUUUCCUGCCUGGGCUAUGUCAAUGGCGUCUUGUGGGAGGGAGCUGGAAGUCAUUGAUUCAAGGCUGGAGGAUGAGAUGCACAGAUUGCACGCUCUGAGGGUGCUCAAGAUUGGAUUUUUGUGCAUUCAGGAAGAUGCGCAAACCAGGCCUACAAUGGGGUCGGUUGUGAAGAUGUUGGAGGGAGAGGAGGAGGUUCCUGAGCCAUGUCUUCGACACAGCUUUCAGUUCGCCAUUGCCAGUAGAAUCAGCCCAUCUGGUAGCUUAACAGCCACAGCCUCUCUUGCUACCAAUCAUGUUUCUUCUCCAUCGCUUCGCUUUGUGUUAUCAAGAUAGAGUUUUUAAUGUCUUCAUUUCGACAGGAAUGGAAUUCUAACAGCCCAGCAAAGUGGCAAUGUUUGAUUCCUUAGAAGUCGAUAAACCCACCAGCUUUCCCUGCUUGGCCUGAACUGAAAACUGAACUGAAGUGGGUUCUUCUUUGAUUGAAGACAUCAAUUUUUCACAAUUCAUAAUAAUGACUUAUAGUCCUCACAUUAAUUUUGAGCGAUGAAUAAAAUUGUAAAGU